UCAUUCACUCAACUCAACAGAGUAACACAAGCAAUGGCAUUCAAGUUUGUAGUUUUCGCCACCGUCUUGGCCGUCGCCAGAGCUGGAAUCAUCGGUUCCCCAUUGGCCGCCGCCCCACUUGCUUACUCCGCUCCACUGGCUGCCCCAGUAGCUCGUCUGGCCUCUCCUCUCUCUUACUCCGCUCCACUGUCUUAUGCCGCCCCAGUCGCCCGUGUUGCCGCCCCAUUGGCCUAUUCCGCUCCAGUUGCCACCGUUGCUAAAGUAGCCGCCCCAUUGGCCGUCGCCAAGACCGUUGUCCAGGAAGAAUACGACCCCAACCCACAAUACUCCUUCGGAUAUGAAGUGCAAGAUGCUUUGACCGGUGAUAGCAAGGGACAAGUUGAGACCCGCAACGGAGACGUAGUGCAAGGAGCUUACGCCGUAGCCGACCCCGAUGGUACCAGACGUGUUGUAGAAUACACCGCCGACCCAAUCAACGGAUUCAACGCCGUAGUUCGCAAAGAACCUUUGGCCGCCAAGGCUUUAGUAGCUGCCCCGGCUGUAGCCAAGAUCGCCGCCCCUCUAGCUUAUGCCGCACCAGCCAUUGCUAAAGUAGCCGCUCCAAUUGCUCCAUUAACCUACACCACCUCUGUCCUCCACUAAAUUGUGUUACCUAUUUAUUGAUUAAUAUACGUUAAAUUGUUGAGA